AUGGUCCGAGAGUUCAUGGCCUUGGAGCAUCUAAAGCCAUCUGAUAACUGUAUGGUGGGGAAAGCUCCUGAGAACCGGGAGAAGAACCACUACCGGGACAUUCUGCCCUAUGAUAAGACUUAUGUUCCAGUGUGUGAUAACCAGGACUAUAUUAAUGCCAGUUAUAUCCGUAUAGAGGUUGGCAGUGAGGAGUUCUUCUAUAUCUCCUGCCAGGGUCCUCUGCCCUCCACCGUGCCCGACUUCUGGCAGAUGGUCUGGGAGAACAGGUCUGAUUUGAUAGCCAUGAUGACCCAGGAGGUGGAGAGAGGCAGGGUGAAGUGUCACCGCUACUGGCCAGAGAGGGUCAGCUGUCCCCUGGACACGGGACGCUUCCAUCUCAGCCUGGAGAACCAGCAGAUCCAGGAAUACUUCCACAUCAAGAUCAUCCACAUGGUGGAGAAAGAGUCUGGUAAGACCCACUUUGUCCGUCACCUGAGAUUUACCCAUUGACCUGACCACGGUGUGCCGCGGUGUUCAGAGCAGCUGGUCAGGUUUAUCUGUUACCUCCGAGCGGUCCACCAUAAAGGACCUGUCACUGUACACUGUAGUGCUGGAAUAGGACGAACAGGAGUACUGAUCUGCACCGAUGUCAUACUGAUUCUCAUAGAAUACGAUCUCCCGAUCAAGGUCAGUAGCAUUGUUAGGGAGAUGAGACUGCAGCGAUACGGCAUGAUUCAGACCAAGCAACUGCCAAAAGAUUACCAAGAAAAGCUGGUCACUUUCCGCGCAUACUGCAAAAAGAAGAUCACUGAAAAGAAGAUCCGGCCAAAGCACAUCACCAACAUGGACGAGGUUCCACUCACCUUUGAUAUUCCCGUGAACCGCACUGUGGAGAAAACGGGGACCAGUACGGUGUCUGUACGUACCACAGGGAAUGAGAAGUCAUCCUUCACUGUAGUUCUCGCCUGCCAGGCUAAUGGCCAGAAACUUCCACCCAUGAUUAUUUUCAAGAGGAAGACCUUGCCAAAAGAGAACUUUCCAGCCGGGCGUCGUCAUCAAAGCUAG